AUAUUAUUGCAUAUUAUUAUUUUCAAACAUGUCUGUGUUGUGCAGAUUUUCAAGAUUAUCUCGUAAUUUUUUAAUUAAAAACCCAAUAAUACGUAAAGACAAUUUAUCAAGAGGUAUACGUACUGUUUUACAAGAUGAAAAACCAUCAAGAGGUAUAUUAAAAACAAGUUUUAUUGGUGGUCUUAUUGGUGCAGCAAUUGGUGUAGGUUAUGCAUUCAAUAAAAUCGAGCGUGACAGAAAAAAUUUAGAGAAUGAAGGACAUGAAAUACCAAUUGAAGUUAUUAAAUAUAAACCAGCUUUUGAAGUUUCUCGAAAGAUAGUUUCACCAGUUGAUAGUACCGGUUUAAAAUUGACACUAUUUCAAUAUCAAUCAUGUCCUUUUUGCUGCAAGGUGAGAACAUUUUUGGAUUACUAUGGAAUAUCUUAUGAUGUCGUUGAAGUAGAGCCUGUAUUUAGACCUCAAAUAAAAUGGUCAUCAUAUAAAAAAGUACCAAUAUUAUUGGCAAAAGUUGACAAUGGAUAUCAGCCACUCAAUGAUAGUACAAUGAUUGUAUCAGUUUUAGCAUCAUAUUUAAAUGAUAAAACAUAUAAAAUAAAUGAAUUAACAACGUUUUAUCCAAAAAUAGCAAUUAAUGAUGAAAAUGGAAAAUUCAAAGAAGAAAUUGUUAAUAAAUAUUUUUUGAUGUAUCAAGGAUCUGUACCAAAAGACAGAACAUUAGAUGACAUUGUUGAAGAAAGAAAAUGGAGAAAAUGGGCAGAUGAAGUAUUUGUUCAUACAUUAUCACCAAAUGUUUACCGAACAAUUAAUGAAUCAUAUCAAACAUUUAACAUAUUUUCAGAUGCUGGUAAAUGGGACGAAUAUUUUUCAUCUUGGGAAAGAUUAUUGAUGAUUAAUAUUGGUGCAUUGGCAAUGUAUUUUAUUGGUAAAAGACUUAAAAAACGUCAUCAUUUAAAAGAUGAUGUUAGACAAUCAUUUUAUGAUGAAAUAAAUAUUUGGAUAAAUGCAAUUAAUGCUAGAGGUGGUGUAUUUAUGGGUGGACAAAAUCCAGAUUUAUCUGAUUUAACUGUUUAUGGUAUAUUACGUAGUAUUGAAGGUUGUGAUGCUUUUAAAGAUGCAUUUGAAAAUACUCAAUUAGCUAAUUGGUAUCAAGCAAUGACAGAUAAAGUUAAAAAUCAUGCUGGCAGUAAUAUGUUGGGUAAUUAAAAGUAUUUUUAAUAAUUAUAAUUUUAUCAUGUAAAUUAUUUUUUAUUAAUAAUUUAUAUACUAUUUUUUCUUGAUUAUAACAACA